AUGGCACCGAAAUUACUCCUUUUCGCAGGUGCACCACCAUCUUCAUCGUUAAACUCUGAAUCCUGCACAAUAACUCAAAUCGACGACACCUUUGCCGAAUUCCUAGGGCUGGCCUCUCAAAAAUCAUCUCACACGCCAUUAUCAAAUCUCGCACCAUGGCGUUCUCUCCCCCUGAAUAGAAAACCUCUUCACACGGGGUUAAGUCAGACUCACGAUGCCAGCAUCAACCUCGCCAACCAAUCCGAGUUUUUCACUACGGCUGAUGUCUCGUUUAAGGAACAGUCGCAGUCUUUUGAAAGUGAUGGCAGUGGGGAUGGCGAGACAACGUUGUCGCAGUUCUAUGACCACUCUCUGGCUUUGCAUAAUCCGAUACCUUCAUCACAGCUUGAUAGUUUCCAAGAAACGACUUUUGAGGAGACGUCUUUUGAGGGAACUUCCUUUAUGACUACUCUUGCUGUAGAACGGGCUGAUGCGAUGGAGUCUGUGCCAUCGCAUCUUUCUGACUUGGAGGAUAUACCGCCUGCGCCGAAAAUCUUGGCUCUGCACCCUCAGACUGUCACGCUUAAUAUCGUUGCUGGGAUAAUAUCUAUCGCCCAACCGCGAACGGUCACCACGCGUUGGGGCCGCACCCUGUCUCUUGUAGAGAUUCUACUCGGUGACGAAACAAAGACAGGAUUCGCCGUCACAUUUUGGCUCGAAGAAACAAACGCUGCUGCUGCUGAGAUCAGUGCUCUCCGGCGGCAAGACGUCGUUCUCAUGCAGAAUGUAGGCCUGCAUGUGUUCCAAAAUAAAGUGCACGGCCAGAGUUUGCGCAGGGGCAUGACCAAGGUGAGCUUGUUAUGGAGGCGAGACGGGUCUGGCCUUUACUCGACCAAAGAUUUAUCGAAACGCGGCCAGAUGCAUCCGCAGUUACGAAAGGCGAAGAAGGUGAAAGAUUGGGUGCUUAGAUUCGUGGGAGCUUCUGCUGGAGCCAAGACAAGGACUUCAAGGGCGCGACUUUCAUGGGACAGACCACCAGAUGAUACACAAUGA